GGAAGUCGAGAACAUCUAAAAAUUAUAGACAUGAACUCCCAUCCCGCGCCUCAUCUACUGUUUUAUAUGAAAAUAAGGCUGAAAAUAAGAUAUUAAUCCUGAGAAAUACAAGUUGUGGCCGCCCGAAAUUCGUGUGUCUCUCGGAUAAUGUGUGAGAUUUGAGAGCCCUGUAUCAGGAGGACAAGCCCAUCUCGAAAACUUUUCUCUUUCGCUUUCACAGGCUCGUCAAUGAGACAAAGAUGAAAUGGCGUCGAGUUCAGAUACCAUGCGGCAUAGUCCACCUAUUGAUCGCCCUAACAUGAAUGUUGUUCUGUGUGGAAGUGACAGCAGAUUAAAAUCUUCAGUAUUAAACCUGAUCCUGAAUCAGAGUAAGAGAAGAUCAGAGCCAGAAGAUGAAGAGAUGAGAAGCUCAGAUUGUGUGAGUUUAAAUGGUGAAGUGUGUGGACAUCUGAUGACUUUGGUGAAGCUUCCAGCUCUGUUUAACCCUCGACUCUCAGAUGAAGAAAUAAUGCGUCAGGCUCUCAGCUGUGUGUCUCUCUGUGAUCCUGGAGUUCAUGUGUUUCUCUUCAUUAUUGAUGAUGGUCCACUGACUGAUGAAGAUAAAGCAGAAACAGAGAAGAUCAAGAGAAUAUUCAGCUCAAGAAUCAACAAACACAUCAUGGUCCUUAUAAUCCAGAAAUCAGAGAACAGAACAGCAGAAAUAAAUGAAGAAAUGAAGUCUGUGGUUAAGAGAUUUGGAGGAAGACAUGAGUUUCUCUCUAUUAACACACAAGGGUCCAUGUUGAUGGAGAAACUGAUGCAGAUGAUGGAAGAAAACAGCAGAAUUGUUUUCUCCACAGAAAAAUUCUGGGAUGCACAGCUGGAGAAACUUCUUAAAUUUGAAGGAAUGAAAAGGAAACAGAUUCAGACACAAGAUCUUAGAGAUGGUUCAGAUGAUGUGAGGAUUGUCCUGCUGGGAAAAACUGGAGCUGGGAAGAGUGCAUCAGGAAACACAAUCUUAGGGAGAAAAGCUUUUAAAUCAACUUUAUCACAAGGGUCCAUUACUAAAGAGUGUCAGAGAGAAACAGCUGAAGUUAACAGCAGACACAUCACUGUGAUUGAUACUCCAGGACUGUUUGAUACUGAACUGAGUCAAGAAGAGAUUCAAAAAGAAAUGACCAACUGUAUCUCAAUGACACUGCCAGGACCUCAUGUGUUUAUUAUUGUACUGAGUUUAGGACGCUUCACAAAAGAUGAGGAAGAAUCAGUGAAGAUCAUUCAAGAGACUUUUGGUGAAAACUCUUUAAUGUACACAAUGGUGCUCUUCACCAGAGGAGAUGAUUUUAAAGAUGAAACCAUUGAAGAGUACCUGGGAACCCGCAAAUCUCCUUUAAUGAACCUCAUUGAACAGUGUGGAAACAGAUAUCAUGUGUUUAAUAAUACUGAGACUGAAGAUCACACACAAGUUUCUGCUUUACUGGAGAAAAUAGACGACAUGGUGAAAGCAAAUGGAGGGAGUUAUUACUCAUCUAAAAUAUUCAGAGAGAUGGAGCGAGAAAAACAAGAACAACAAAUAAAGAUACUGAUGGAGAAAACUGAACAACUGAGCAGAGAGAAAGAAGAGGAGAGAGAGAGAAUGAAGAAGAUGAUGGAGGAAGAAAGACAGAAACACAAGAGAGAGAAGAAGAAAAAAGAUGAGGAAUUUAUAGAGAAAGAUGAAAGAAAUGAAAGAGAGAUGAAGGGGCAAGUAAAACAGCUGCGAGAUGAGAUGAGAAGAGAACGAGAGACAUUAAAAAAUGAAAUUGAGGAAAUAAAAAAAGAAAAGCAAGAUCUCCAGAUAAUACAUGACAAACAACUCAUGAAUACACGAGAGAAUGAACGACUGAAUCAUGAGAGAGAGAUACAGAGAAGAGAUGAGUUUAAAGAGAAAGAAGAAAGAUAUGAAAGAGAAAUGAAGGAGCAAAAGAGACAGAUGGAAGAUGAGAAGAAAAUAGAACAGGAAAGAUAUGAGAGAGGGAAACAAGAUGAAAGAUUGAGAAAAGAAGAAGAGGAUCAGAAAAUAAAAGAAAACGAACAAAUGAUGUUAGACCAGUAUGAGAAAAUUAAAAAUGAGAAAGAGAGGACAGAAAGAGUAAGAGAAGAUCUUCAAUUAAAACACAACACAGAGAUGGAGAGAAUGAAGAUGAUGGAGGAAGAACAAGAGCAACUAAAGAUAAAACUUGAGGAAACACAGAUGCAAGAUGAUGAACGGAGGAGGGAAGAAGAGAAACAAUACUGGAGAGAAAACCAGGAGAUCCUUGAAGAAAACAUCUGGAAUGAGAAACAUCUGAGAGAAGAAGAGAGUAAAAUUCAUGAAGAUAAAAUUCAUCUGAUUGAACAACAGUGUGAAGAUAAACUCAUGAGAGUAAAAUCAGAGGAGUAUGAAGAAGACAGAAGAAGAGAAAUAGAGAGACUUAAAAUCUGCUCUCAAACAGACUCAAGUCAUCUGAUAAUUGAACCAAAGAUCAGCAAACUCUUCAGUAGACUAAAUUUUACAAGCAGACAUCAAGAUAAACUGAGUACAGAAGAUUUUCUUAAAAUCAAAGAAUCUUCACUUCAGUCUCAGGAGCCACAGAAAGAAACUGAACUUGUGAACUCAUUCCUACAUAAACUGUUGAACAUGAACUACAGAGCAAGAGAAACUCACAUAAAACACAGAGAAGAUCAACAAACACCUGCAAACUACAACCCUGAAGUUGACUUUGAUAUUCAUGUGAUGGACAUUCAGAUGGCUGUGUUUCAUUGUGCUGAUAGUUUCCUAAAGCAGCUGAUGGUCACUAAACUCUCACAGUGUCAGUUUGCUCUUCCUCUGCUUGUUCCUCAUCCAUUCACACAACAGAUUGAGUUUCCUCUCUGGACAUUCAGACAAAUCAACAAGAGCUGGAAGAUGAGAAAUAAUGACAAUGAGAUCAUCAGUAAAGUUCAGCCUGUGUACAAAGCAGAAACUCCAAUGGUGUCGUUCUUCAGGUUUGGCUCUUUGUCUUCAUCAAAGUCUCAGCUGAUAAACAGUUUGAUCAAUGAGAAACACAACACGUUCUUCCACAGAAACUUCUCAGGAAGCAGCAGAACCAGACUACUGAUGGAUGGAGUGGUGGAGAUCGCCUGGUACUGUCCAUCUGGAAGAAACACAGAUACAUUUACUGACUGUGUUGCCUUCUGUAAUCUUCAUGGUGAUGCAGGAGACAAUGAGAAACAAUAUGAGAUUUUAACCAGUAUGUCGUCAGUCAAUGUCCUCUUCUUAUCUGAUUUUGGACAGAAGAACCAGUAUAAGGGUUUGGUGAGGUCACUCUUCAGAUCUCCUCAGCCUCUUAUUUGUCUUCUUACAGACAAUGAAUGUGAUAAAACUAAACUGACUGAUAGAAAAUUCAUAAUCGGUCUUUUGAACAAAAAUCAAUCUGAUCUAUCUAAUGAGAUAAGAGAGACAAUCAGAUUGAGUUUGAAAGAGGACACAAAGACUUUUAAACUGGAAGAUGUGGCCAAACACACAGGAAUUCAAGUAGAUGAGAAUAAUGAAGAGUGUCAGAGAGGAAAAGAAGCGGCGCUUCAGAUGAUGAGAUUACUGGAUGAUGAAGAUCCAUCAACAGUUAAAGAAACAAAUCUGCCCUGUCAGGGGAAACUGUGGCACGACUGGUGUAAAAUAAACAAAGAGCUUCGUCAUCUAGGAGGAGAAAAUCUAGAAGAAGAUAAAAGUGCCAAACUGAAUCUCAUGAGAAAAAUAAGAGAAAAACAAAUAGCUCAAGGAUCGAGUGAGUUUAUGAAGAGGUUUUUGGAAAAGAUACUGUCACUGAAAGUCAGUGGUAAAAAGUAUGUUCUAACAUGGAUGAUAAAUCUGUUGAAUGACUUCACUUCAAAUAAGCUCUGUGCACUUCAUAAGAAGUAUGAUGUGAAAUGGAAUGAACUCUUAGCUUUAAAGCGAAUGCCAGAUAAACAAGUCCAACUGCAGAUUAAACAAACAGAGAUUGAGGAAAUAUCUGAACAAAUCAACAAAACAACAUUUGGCUUGGAUCACAUUGUAAGAGAGGUUGGACAGAUCUUUGAGUCAUGGUCAUCUGUAAAGAAGAGCAAGGAGGUCCUGCAGUUUGAUUUCUCUUCUCUCCCAAGUCUUGCAGCAGAGAUGAUGAUCUCUGGAUUUCCACUGGAGCUGAUGGAUGGAGAUGCUGCUCAUGUUUCUCUUACCUGGAUUAAAGCUGUUUUAAAUCAACUCAUUCAGAAACUGGAAGGAGAUCAGAGAGUUUUUGUGCUGUCAGUUUUAGGGAUUCAGAGCUCUGGUAAAUCCACUUUACUCAAUGCCAUGUUUGGUCUUCAGUUUUCUGUCAGUGCUGGUCGAUGUACCAGAGGAGCUUUCAUGCAGCUGAUCAAAGUAUCAGAGGAGAUGAAACUACAGCUAAAGUUUGAUUUUAUUCUGGUUGUUGAUACUGAGGGUCUUCGUGCACCAGAACUGAACAGAAGGUCCUCAAGAAAUCAUGAUAAUGAAUUGGCCACAUUUGUUGUUGGUAUUGGAAAUCUGACAUUGAUCAACAUCUUUGGAGAAAACCCAUCUGAGAUGCAAGAUAUUCUCCAGAUUGUUGUCCAGGCCUUCAUGAGGAUGAAGGAGGUGAGGUUUAAUCCCAGCUGUAUGUUUGUACAUCAGAACGUUUCAGACGUCACAGCUGGAGAGAAAAACAUGGAGGGAAGAAGACGACUGCAGCAGACACUGGAUGAGAUGACUAAACUCGCUGCUAAAGAAGAAGUCUUUGAUGCAGAAUAUUUCAGUGAUGUCAUUGCAUUUGAUGCACAGAAAGAUGUUAAAUAUUUUGCUCAGCUGUGGGAGGGAAGCCCACCAAUGGCGCCACCAAACCCAAACUACUGUGAGAAUGUUCUGGAUCUGAAAGAAUCUAUUUUAACACAUGCUUCAAAAUCAAAUGGCAUAAUGAUGACACAACUAAGAGGACGUAUUGAAGAUCUCUGGGAGGCUUUGCUGAAUGAACAGUUUGUGUUCAGCUUCAAAAAUUCACUGGAAAUCUCAACUUACAGGAGAAUAGAGACAGAAUACAGCAAGUGGAGCUGGAGUCUUCGAAGUGCAAUGCUGGACAUUGAAAACAAACUACACAACAGAAUAAAGAAUGAAGUAGUUCAUGAAGUUAAUGAUUCUGAUCUUCAAAGAGAACUUCAUGAAAAAAGUGAAAAAGUAAAAAAGACAAUGUCAGAAUUCUUUGGGAAAGACAGAGAUGCAGGAAUUCUGAAUCAGUGGAAAACUUCAUUUGAAAUAAAAAUCAAAGAGCUUCAGGAAAACAUUGUGAGGGAGACAAAGAAGAAAUUAAAUCAGGUUCUUCAGCAGCGAGAGAUGAAGAAAAAGAUUGAUGCUCAGAGGACACAACAUGAAAACAGUCUGUUUGAAAAGAGCAAAGAUCUUGCUAUGAAACUGAAAGACAAAGCAAAUGAUGAAAAUAUAAUGAAAAGGGAGUUUGAGUCCUUUUGGAAAGAGCAGGUUGAUAAAAUCAUUAAAGACACUCCUCCAGUUAAAAACAUUGAAAUUUUAAAGGAUGUGACAGAUCUCCUCAGAAACAACCAUGAAAGUCUCCCUGUAAACCUACUGAACAUAAAUACUAAAGGCAUUAAUAUGUUCUCUUGCCUAACUUAUUCAAAUUGUGUACAGCUGAAGAAAUCCAGUGGAAUUACAGGAUUUAUAAAAAAUGUCUACAAAAAAGCUAUCACAAAAUCAGGUGAUGUUCUUUCUACAGAGGAUGAAGUUCAGAUAAGAAGAUUUAUCAAUGAAAUUGCUGAGCAGACAGAUCAAAUGAUUCAGUCAUAUAACAUUGCAAGGAUGGGCUACAACAUCAGUUACAUUCAACAACUCAUGGAUUACAUGAAGAAAAAAAUAUCAUGUCAUGAAGAAGAGUCAAAAGUGAAAUAUGUGUUCAAGAGAGAAUUCUUCAGGGAUUUGGUAGUUUGCAUUUGUCAGAGAGCAAACAAGACAUUGACUGAUCAACACAGAUUAUACAGAGAAGCAAAUGAUCCUGUUCUGUAUUUUUACAUGAAGAAAGAAGAGUACUACAGGAUUUUCCAGAAAUACUGUCAAGGAGCAACAUCAGCUGCCAUUACUGCAGAAUUUAUUUGUAAUAAACUUAAAGAAACCAUUGAACAGAAUGUCUACAAGAAAACGGCCAUAGACUUAGCAGAUGAAAUGCAGACAAACUGUGAAUCACUGAAUGGAAACAGAUCAAAACUGGAGAAACACAUCCUGAAGAGGCUUGCAAAUGAAGAGGAUUUUGCAACAUACAUGACCUACAUUCAGAAUCCCAGAGAUCACUUUAAAGAAUUCAUCAGAGGUGAAGUCAGUCAGUACAUCACUGAAAGAUUUCAUGAUAGUCUUCAACCUAAGAUGGUGAAUAACAUUACACAACUGCAGAAGAAGAUCAUAAACGCAGCACAAGAGUCCACCAAACACAUUCAAGAGAUCAAUGGAGAUCUUCAUUCAUGGUUGACUCAUUUCACACAUCUGCUGUCUGAUGUUCUGGUUUUCUCUGUAAGUGACCUCACUGGAGUGAAUUUUGAAGAUGUUGAUAUCAUUAUCAUAGGAGAUGUAAUAAAAGAGGAGAUUCCUUCUGUAAUAUCUGACAUACGCUGUAGAUUUACUAAAGAAACAUUUCCAGUGAAGCUGGAGAACACAGACAGACCAGAUGAGAUUCUGAUUGAUCAUUUCUGUCAGUGCUGUUGGGUUCAAUGUCCUUUCUGUGCUGCCAUCUGCACCAACACCAUAGAAAACCAUGAUGGAGAUCACAGUGUUCCUUUUCAUCGUAAUAUUGGACUGAAUGGGUGGGCUUACAGAGGAACAACAAACCUGUGUAUCAACAUCUGUACAUCAGCAGUAGCCAGUGAUAAAUCAUUUUAUCCAGAUGAAUCAGAUGUUAGGUGCCUGUGGAAGGAAUACAGAAAAGGAGGUCCUAAAUAUGCUCAGUGGAGCAUCACCCCUGAUCUCUCUGAGCUGCCGUACUGGAAAUGGUUUGUGUGCAAAUUUCAGAAGAAUCUGGAAGAGUACUACAAGAAUACCUAUGAGGGGAACGGAAAGAUUCCAGAUGAAUGGAGAAAAUACCCAAAAGAGGAAGCCAUUGAGAGUUUGGAUAAAUACAUUUAAUGAAACACACAAAGACUUCAGGAUAUUGAUUUGAAAUAAGUUCAUGUGAAAUGUACAAAAUUAAAUAUAGCCAGAAAACAAUUAGUAUAAAAGCAGUUCACAGAACAGAUCGAAAGGUGCAAAGAUAAGAUGUAGGCUACAGUAAAAGGAUGUUAAAUGAAUAUUUCAGAGUUUGCUACAGAAAGUGCCUCAUGUGGUCGUACUUUAUUUUCAAAACAGUAAUGAAUUCAUAUGAAGAGAACAAUGAUAAGCAAUAAUGCUAUAUACAGUAAAUUGUGCCUAAAGAGUAGGGAUAAAAAAUUAAAAGUGUUUUCCCUAUUGCAGCAAUAAAUUAAGGGAAGGAUACUGAGUUAUGGUUGUAAAUGAAGGUUCAGUAUUAGUGUAGUUUGUCAAUCACAAUACAAGGAAAAAUCUACAGUACAGAAACAACCAACUGCUCAUUUCAAUGCUCAGUUUAUCUGGCAUCAGGCUCCAGUUUCGCAUCUGUUUUCAGUGGACUACUACUCUGUUCAUGUGACCUCCUCAACAUCCUUCUGUUCUAAAUUUAGUAGCAGGGGCGUGUCUAGGGGUCGUGUGGGAGGCACCGGCCCCAGGGCUGUUUCUAGGCAUAAACAAACUAGGUGGUUGCCUAGGGCGCUACCAGCUGUAGGGGUGACAAAGAGCGCAUAUACAUUUUGACUGCUGCUUCACUGACUUACAUAAGUGAAACUGCAAUAAAAUUAAAGAUGAACUUUAAAUGUGGUGUGUUUAACACAGAAUUUACAGCAAAAUGUUUUAGCAGCAUCAGACAGAAGUGGUAUGUGUAAUUUGCCCAAAAGUAUUGUUUUUUUAGACCACAACCAGCUUUUCUCUGUUUUUACCAUAUUUUUUCAUGAUAAUUGAUAUGUAAUACUUAUCAAGCAAUAUACUUGUGAUGAUUUACCCUUAAGAAAAUUAAGCAUGAUUAAACUACUGUGUAGUAAACAUAGUUUUAUUUGUAGUAACCACAAAUUUACUAUGAUCUCACCAUAAUAACAAUGGUAUUUUUUGUAGUAAAACUACAGUAAUAGAAAUGGUAAUAAUUAAUCUGCUAAAAUCAUUGUUACUACAAAAAUAAAGCCAUGGUUAAUUUUCCAUGAUGUAAAUAUGGCUCACAAUGAGAGUUGCGUCCUACUAUGCUAAAUUUAUUACUUUGAUUGUUAUGUUUACUUUAGAACUGUAAAUAUGAUAUGCAUAAGAGGAGUAGUAGUUUUUUUUCCAAAAUAUGAAACUGUGUUUUUAAAAGCAGGGUAAAGAAGAAAUGUUCAUGUCUAACUUUAGUAAAGUAUUACCGGAGUGUUGAUUUGUAAUAAAUAAAGCUAAAUGUGUCUUGGCUCUUCGAAUGUAUUUCAAAAGCCUACCUCAGUG